CGCGCACCUAUCUGGUAUCACAACGAGGCACUAAAAUUGCCGCGGAGCUUAACUUGCCCGGCAGUGCUCGUCGGCAGUUUGGACUUUGUGGUGAACAUCACCUGGACCACAUUCCUGCGGCGACAUAGUUCCCGCGCGAUCUGGACUAGAAGAGCCCCUGGAGAAUCGGAUCUGCACCUUUCGCAAUGGUCAUAUCCGUGUUCCGAAUGCCGGAAAGAUCGCUGUCAAAUGUAUCCGAGUCGGACCGCUCGCAGACGGACAUCCGUCACACAAGCUGCGAGCGGCACGCAUGUCUAUCGUUCGACUUUGAGAUAAAGAUAACACUCCUCAUUGUUCCUAUAAAUAUUUCCAUGGAGCAAAGCAUGGUGGUCGCACCAAGCUUGCCCACUUCAGACCACGGGAAACCAUGACUUCGUCGACCAAAUUUAUCCAUCGGCUCAACCUAGAGGUCGAGUACCCACAGAUCAAUCCUCUGGCGGAGCAGCAGCCUCCAGCUGCCGACUUGCGCACGCACACCGAGUUUCUCGCCAAAGGAAGUGUCCACCAAGAAGGAGCGUUCGCGUUGCCAUGCGACAUCAUCGUCGACUACGACCAGCCCCUUAUCAUGCGUGAUGGCGUCACGCUCUAUGCUGAUGUCUUCCGGCCCGACACGAAGGAGCAAGUGCCCGCGAUCCUGGUAUAUACGCCUUACUGCAAGAGAGAAGGCUGGUGGAACACGAACGCCCAUCCAGUACGGUUCGGUGUACCUGCCUCCACCUUAUCAGGCCUACAGGCCUUCGAAGCUCCCGAUCCCGGCUGGUGGUGCGGACAAGACUACGCCGUGGUGUAUGUCGACGCUGCGGGGACCUCGCAUUCCGAAGGCGACCAACCCUUCUUGGGCACUGAGCUCGGAGAGCGCGGAUACGACGCAAUUGAAGAGAUUGCCAAGAAGGCUUGGUGCACGGGCGCGAUUGCAAUGGCGGGCAAUUCUCAGCUCGCGAUGGUGCAGUGGACCAUCGCAGCAUUGCGUCCGCCACAUCUCAAGGCGAUAGCGCCCUGGGAGGGUCUGAUCGAUUUGUACCGCGAGUCGUCGGUGCGCGGUGGUAUCCCUGAUGGCGACUUCCAGGAGAAGGCGAUCUCCUGUUUCCUCUUCGGGAAUACCCGCAGCGACAGCCCUGCGCUGAACGCAAAACGCUAUCCUCUCAUGAACGCAUACUGGGAAGACAAGCGUGCUCCUAUCGAGCAGAUUGUAAUACCUGCAUAUUUCGUUGCGAGCUGGACGAGCCCGCUCCAUGCUAAUGGCACGGUGACCGCCUACCGUCGAGUUGCUUCCAAGCAGAAAUGGAUGCGUGUCCACAAUACUCAAGAAUGGGUUGAUAUUGCUGAUCUCGACAAUGCUCGCGAUCUCAAACGCUUUUUCGAUCGUUUCCUAAAGGGGAUCGAGAAUGACUGGGAAGCGACUCCUCCAGUUCGACUGUCUACUCUGAACCCUGGCGGUGUCGACCGUGUCGGUCGGGCCGAGAGUUCCUGGCCGCUCGAGCGACAACACCUUCGCAAAUUUCACCUUGACGCGGCGCAAAAUAAGCUUCUCCCCCAGCCUGCGAAAGAUGCGAGCUCCAUCGCGUACAAUUCGGAGGACUUGAGAGCCAGCAUUCGAUUCGCGAUCGAGGUCGAGCGCGAAAUGGAGAUAACGGGAUACAUCACUCUGCGCAUGUGUGUUGAAGCCGAGAGCGCCAACGAUCUCGACUUGUUCACCGCGCUCUACAAGGAAGACGCCUCAGGAAAGCGACUCCAUCACAUCACUCUCAGCGCCCCCGAUAAGCGUAAAUGGGUCGAAUCGAUGAAAGAAGACGGUAAGCUCCCCGCAACUUUGUCCUACACCGGUCCGACGGGCCGCCUCCGAGUCUCACACCGCGCUCUAGACGAGAUGCUAUCCACUCCCGAUGAGCCCGUGAUGUCGCAUCGCGAGGAGCAACUCGUCGCGCCCGGCCAAAUCGUGCCGGUUGACUUGACGCUGUGGCCAACCUCCAUGGUCGUGAACGCCGGCGAGCGUCUCGUGGUCGAGAUCGGCGGACAUGAAGUUGGUCCGCUAUCACCCAAGGCGGUUCCGCUCCCGGGGUCGUUCCUGUCGUUGGCCACGCGCAAUCGCGGAAUCCAUCGCAUCCAUACUGGCGGCCAGUAUGAGUCUUGGCUAAAGCUCCCCAUUAUUCCGAAUUGACCUUUGUUCACGUCAAGUAGGAAAUUAUGUUGGUCGUGGCCAGGAACUCAUGGAUAUUCAUUCGAAAGCGAGAGAGUUGCUGAGCGAUAUCGUAAUCACAAUGUGUUCGGAAGUUAUAUAUAAGUGUUGUGUCGGAGUUGUGCGAUGGGGCACUUGGUGUCUUGCUACCGUACGUGCUCAUUGGAUUGUACAGGAUGCUUAUCUUCGUUCAAAAGCUGCAGCUCUCAGCGUGGAAAGUUUAAACGACCGAUCCAGAAUCCUUUGAAAACCAGAUGGAGACACCAGCGUCAGAAACACGGCUUCAGAAUGUGACAUUUGAUUUGAACCUUAGCUAUGCCUAUCCUACCACAUCUUCCGCAUACAACAGCCAAUCCCU